AGAUAAACAGAUUAAAGUGUUUACUUGACUAUUGCCGUACUCGGUCAACUGCCAUAAUCCGUUUAAUAUCGAAUUAUUAGUACGCAUGUAAACGUACUCACUAGUGACACCUUCAUAUACAGACAAUGGCAGGGUCAUCACUAGUUGUCACAAAGUCAUAGUUAUGGCUAAACCCCGACUAUUUCUUCAAUUUAUCUUCUUAAAAUCAGAUGUUAAACCUAAACACCACUGCUAACCUUUAAUGUCUAACAAAUUAAGACCAAAAACAAAUGUUAGUUUUCAUGAAUUUUUAAGAUGUACACAAUUUUGACUUUGUGGCUGUGGUAACUAGUGACAACCCAAUGUCAGUGACAAGUUCCAUAGCACAGCUUUCAAUUACUGCCUCUUAUACAUUAACCACAUUGCAGAUAGAUGCGCCCCGUUUCCUAAAUAUCUAACGCAGCAUCGUGCAUAUGCGAAUCAUCUACCUGCUACAGGAAUAUGGCAUCGGGACCAGGUUUCAGUGAUGAAAAGAAUGAGACAUUGUGCGAGAGUGAAAGCACUGUCUAUGUACAUAACCCACACCUGGAUGGGAUGAAAGAUGACUUUCUCUACCACUUUAACCUGGGGACCUCCACACACAACCUGCCUGCCAUGUUUGGGGACGUCAAAUUUGUGUGUGUUGGGGGCAGUCCCUGGAGAAUGAAGUCCUUCAUAGAGUACAUUGCUGGAGAGCUGAGUCUGGAGGACCCCAAGGCUGAGUACCCCAACAUCUGUGCAGGAACUGACCGCUAUGCCAUGUACAAGAUUGGCCCCGUGCUGUCCGUCAGCCAUGGCAUGGGUAUCCCCUCCAUCGCCAUCAUGUUACACGAGCUCAUCAAGCUCCUCUACCAUGCUCGCUGCACUGAUGUUACUAUCGUUCGCAUUGGGACCUCCGGUGGGUUAGGCCUCGAUCCUGGCACGGUUGUUGUCACCAAGCAGUCAGUAGACGCCACCUUCCUGCCCAGGCUGGAGCAGGUCAUCCUGGGGAAUACUGUGGUGCGCAGCACGGACCUGCACCAAGGUCUGGCUGAAGAGCUGCUCCAGUGUAGCAAGGACCUGGGUCAAUUUGAGACGGUCAUCGGAAACACUAUGUGCACAAUGGAUUUCUAUGAAGGACAAGCGCGCCUGGAUGGGGCCUUCUGCUCCUACACAGAGAAGGAGAAGCAGGACUACCUGACCAAGGCCUAUGAGUCUGGGGUUCGUAACAUCGAGAUGGAGUCUUCUGUGUUUGCUGCCAUGUGUCAACUCAGCGGUCUGAAAGCGGCCGUGGUGUGUGUGACGCUAUUGGACCGUCAGAAAGGUGACCAGCUGAACAGCUCUCAUGAAGUUCUCCACAGCUACCAACAACGUCCUCAGAUACUGGUCGGUCACCUGAUCAAGAAGAUGCUCCAAGCCUCAGCCUCUAGCAAAAGCUAGGCUCUUGCAUUUUAGCAUUCUGAUAUUAUGUGACUUAUGAAAGGCCUCUUGUCCACAGAGUACACAAAACAUGAAGAUCACUUUCCUAAUAUUGAGUUACCCCCCCCCCCCCACACAACUUUGCAGUUCUUGACAAACAACGGUGCUCCAGGCACCUACUACCAUGACCCGUUCAAAGGCACGUUUGUCUUGCCCAUUCACCUUCUGAAUGGCACACAUAGACAAUCCAUGUCUCAAUAGUCUUUAUGUUUAAAAAUCCUUCUUUAACCCGUCUCUUCCACCUCAUCUACACUGAUUGAAGUGGAUUUAACAUGUGACAUCAAUAAGGGAUCAUAGCUUUCACCUGGAUUCACCUGUUCAGUCUGUCAUGGAAAGAGCAGGUGUUCUUAAUGUUUUGUAUACUCGGUGUAAGUGUAGUCGAGGGCAGCACUGUCCUUCAUUCCAUAUAGCCUGGCUGCUUUCACUAUGUAUUUUCGCAAUCAUUCUCAAUAGCAAUCAUUCUCAGUAGCAAUCAUUCUCAAUAGCAAUCAUUCUCAAUAGCAAUCAUUGACCGUAUAGAAGACAAUAUAUAUCUACCGUAUCUAUUGUUUCUGGGUUGUAGCUAAGUGUAACCAAAUUAGUAUAGUAAUCAUGAGAAACAUCAAACACACCUCUUACUUGACACCACCUCUGUUUUUAUACCAAAUAAACCAAUGCUGGGUGAAGUAAAGUAACUUGUUCCAGAAGUUGUUGCUUUGUGUAGAAACAUUAGAAAAUAUAUUAUACACAGUUUGUUUUUUAAAGUUCUUGAUCUUUUUUUAACCCCAAGCCUUUAAGAUGAAAUGUUUUGUUUGAAUUCACCAGUAUGUAUAUUUUAGUUUUAUAUGCUGUAGCUAUGGUAACGAGCAAGUUAUGAAUAUUAAAGAUAAGACUUCUCUGCACAUCUUUAGCUACUUUGAACACUGCAUUGUACUGUACUAUCAAAUGUUGCUCUGAAACCAUCAUCAUACAUUCAGCGUGUUGUCCUGUUACUGAGAAAAUAUGUAACUGAGGUCUUUUAAUGUCACCUAAUGAGUAAUAAAACCACAAAUACUGUUAAUA